CUCCCGCCCCCCCCGCCGGCGGAUCCGGAAGUGGGGGUCCGCAGCCGCGCGCCGCCCUCCGCGGGCCCCCGGGUACGAUGCUCUCCGGCCCCCGCAGCCGCCUCCCGGCCUCGGUAGCGCCCGCCGCGGUCCUGGCUGCGGCGCUGCUCUCGUCGUUCGCGCGCUGCUCUCUCCCGGGGCGCGGCGACCCGGUGGCUUCGGUGCUCAGCCCCUACUUCGGCACGAAGACUCGCUACGAAGAUGUCAACCCCUGGCUGCUGGUCGACCCGGUGGCGCCGCGGCGGGACCCGGAGCUGCUGGCGGGGACCUGCACCCCGGUGCAGCUGGUCGCCCUCAUCCGUCACGGCACCCGCUACCCUACGACCAAGCAGAUCCGCAAGCUGAGGCAGCUGCAGGGGCUGCUGCAGACCCGGGGAGCCGGGGGCCGCGGGGGCGGAGUGGGCGCCGCGCUGGUGGAGUGGCCGCUGUGGUACGACGACUGGAUGGACGGGCAGCUGGUGGAGAAGGGGCGGCAGGACAUGCGACAGCUGGCGCUGCGCCUGGCCGCCCUCUUCCCAGACCUCUUCAGCCGGGAGAACUACGGCCGCCUGCGGCUGGUCACCAGCUCCAAGCACCGCUGUGUGGACAGCAGCGCCGCCUUCCUCCAAGGGCUGUGGCAACACUACCACCCGGGACUGCCGCCGCCCGACGUCUCAGAUAUGGAGUGUGACCCUCCAAGAAUUGAUGAUAAACUAAUGAGGUUCUUUGAUCAUUGUGAGAAGUUUUUAACUGACGUGGAAAGAAAUGAGUCAGCUCUUUAUCAUGUAGAAGCCUUCAAAACUGGACCUGAAAUGCAGAAGAUUUUAAACAAAGUUGCAGCUACUUUGCAAGUGCCAGUAAACAGCUUAAAUGCAGACUUAGUUCAGGUGGCUUUUUUCACCUGUUCGUUUGACCUGGCAAUUAAAGGUGUCCAUUCUCCCUGGUGUGAUGUGUUUGAUGUAGAUGAUGCAAAGGUACUGGAAUAUUUAAAUGAUCUGAAACAAUAUUGGAAACGAAGUUAUGGCUAUACCAUUAAUAGCCGAUCCAGCUGUACCCUGUUUCAAGACAUCUUUCUACACCUGGACAAAGCAGUUGAACAGAAGCAAAGGUCUCAGCCGGUUUCUUCUCCAGUCAUCCUCCAGUUUGGUCAUGCAGAGACCCUCCUGCCACUGCUCUCACUCAUGGGCUAUUUCAAAGACAGGGAGCCCCUGACAGCCUAUAAUUUUAAGGAGCAAGUCCAUCGCAAGUUCCGAAGUGGUCGCAUCGUACCUUAUGCCUCGAACCUGAUAUUUGUACUUUACCAUUGUGAAAACGCAAAGACCCCUCAAGAAGAAUUCCAAGUACAGUUGCUGCUGAAUGAAAAAGUGUUACCCUUGGCUCACUCACAAGAAACCGUUGCUUUGUACGAGGAUCUGAAAAACCACUACAAGGACAUUCUUCAGAGCUGUCAAACCAGCAGAGAAUGUAACCUACCCAAAGUGAACAUCACGUCCGACGAGUUGUGAGGAGCUGGGGACAGGCUCAGUUCAGCACUGCUUUCCUGAGGGCAACUGUGUUGGCAAUGGGUAGGCAACUUCUUGAUUGAGAAAGCUUUUAAGGCUUAACUUCUUGAUUGAGAAAGUUUUCAAGGCUUGGGUGUUGUGAUGUAUGCCUUUAAUCCUAGCACUCUGGAGACAGGCAAGAGGAUCUCUGUGAGUUCAAGGCUAGCCUGAUCUACAUAGUGAGUUCUAGGCCAACCAAGGUUACAUAGAGAAAUAACCAUAGAUUGCUUGGUCCUUCUGUCUUUUCACAGAAAAUAAUAAUUUUAGGAUCAGGACAUACGGGUAAAACAUGACUUUCCCUGAAGCAGCUUUCUUUGAGGCAAAAACCAAUUCCAGGCAACAGCUGGCCCAGUAAGUGUUUACAGAGCUUAAAUUGCCCUAACUUAACCUAAGAAAUUCACUGGGAUAGAACACUUGAGAAGUGUUGGAUACCAAAGCACAGUGUCAGCUGGAUGAUCUGUAAUUGACUGAAUAAGUCAGGGACUUCAGUGAUUAUGUUGACUUCUUCCUUAUCCUUCAUAUAGGACACUUCUAGCACAAAUGACAUCACUUAGUCAUGAAUGUGGUAAAGUGGGAGCCUGACUCCAGAGGAAAAUCUAAUAUAGUUAGUUAGUUCCAUGUAGAGGGGAGUUUGACAUGAUGUUAAGAACCAGGCUGAAGCAAGACUGAAAGUGUGGAAUAUUUUUUGCUAAUAUUAUUUAUAAAAAUCUUUAAACACUUCAUCAGUCAUUUUCUUCAGCCUCCAGGUAGGUCUUUCAGGGUCAUUUGAAUUCCAUCAGGCCUGUUUGAGGUGUGCAGUGAUAACAGAAGGCACGCUAGGCAGGCAGAUGCCACUGUUUCUAUGUCUAUUGCCUGGCUGUCGUUUUCAUUCCAUCACGGCUUUCCUUCUUAUGUUUUGUUAUUACAUAAGGUAUCUUUUGGUGGUUUGCAUUUUUCUUUUGUUAAAUAAAGACUAUUCUGCCUGAUUUCAUUGUAUAAAUUUAAACCUGUUUCAAAGAAAUUCUGAGUUCUCUCAAAUGCCAUGCAAGUGUUUGCUACAAUAAAUAGAGUUCUUGUGACUUUA